GCAGGCAGGCAACAGGUGGACGGAUGAGCCCUGUGCGAUUGAUGGAAUGUGGGGUUAUUAGCGCAAAGCCUGUACAAUUGCAACAAAUGACAGCAAGAUAAAGGUUUUCUACUACCAACUUCUAUUACUGCCUUGGACUCCUUCAUCCUUACAAUGCCAAAGAGUGACACAUGGCCGGGUGGUGUCACAAUAGAGACGAUGACUGGCAUGGACAGUGCAGGCAGCUGUGAUAGUGUUGUCAGCAUGAACUCUGGAUUUAGUGACGAUAGCUUUGAGCACCUGUCUGCUGAGGAGAGGGCAUGUCUCAUGUUCUUGGAAGAGACCAUAGAGUCCCUAGAGACUGAGGAGGACAGUGGACUAUCCAAUAAUGAGCCUGACUGCCUGCCCACCACCGGCAAUGUGGCCACCAAGAUGGCCCACCUCUCUGCCUCCAUUGGCCAAAACAAACUCAACAAUGUAUCAAAAUAUCCCAGAGAGCAGCACGGUUACCUGGUUCCUACUCCGUUCAUCCUGGCCAACAGCACCUCCUGCAUCCUGCCCAAGGCUAGGCCAGGCAUACCCCCAGAUAAGGAGAACUCUCUCCCAAAGCCCAAGGUCACUGCCUUGGACAACAGGCCAUGUCAGGGCCACCACCCUUGUGUACCCCCUGAGGUCAAUGUUGUUGUGAUUCCCCCUCCGUCAAAGCCCAAAGACUACCCUGGUCAGAGACCACCCCCUUCACCCAGAGGCCCUCUGUCCUAUGAAGCCCUAGUGCAGCUAAGGAAGAGUGCCUCCAUGAAGAGAACCCCUCAAAGUCCCACAGCUGAGACCAGAGACUGGAACAGGCAGCCCUCUGCAUCAGACAUACCCAUUCACCCGCAUCAUGGAAGCACACCCAGAGGCCCCUCAGUCACCCCAGCCCAGGGGAUACUCCCCCAGGAGCCCAGCAAGCACAAGGCCAGUCCCCCAGUCGUGUUUCCCCCCCAAAACAAAAUACCUUCCCACACUGCGCUGAAUAACCAAAAGGAUACUGCCAACCCCACCACAGACUCCAGUGCCACUUCCUUGGGCUCAUUGCCCAGUGACAGGCAUUUGUCGGACCCCCAGAGGGUGAGAAAGGAGGCCUUACAAAAGCUGGGGCUCCUGAGAGACAAUAAUGAGUCCCAACCUAAGCCUGUUACGCCACUGUGCACCUCCAAAUCUCACUCCUCCUUGGAACUAACGUCAGCCAGUGUGGGAGUCAAAGCUCCACCUCAUGGUAACCCAACAAGAAGCCAGCCCUCAACCACCUCCCAGGGACCCAGAGAAUCUAACAUCAGGCCAGUACAAAGCAGCAGCAGCUUCCUACAUCGCUCUAGUGAGGAGCAGCCCACCGUCCCCCUCUCACACCUGGCCAAACCGAGUGGGGUCAAAGCUGCCAACCUGGAGCGCUCAGGGUUGGGGCUUGGGAGCUACAAGUCUGACCAUGGGAUACCUCCCGAUCCCCACUCCGCCACCCUGGGCAGCCAGAGGGAGGGUGGACGUUGCACCCCACCUGCUCCCAACAAAGCCCCAGAACAGGUGAAAACAACCCCCGCUGCACAGCCAGUGUCCCCCCACAAGACCCCGCACUGCCCAGGCAUCAGUGUGGUGAUGGUGCCCAGCAUGGGAGAAGAUAGACGAGAGGCACUUAGGAAGCUGGGGCUGCUGAAAGACUAGGCCCAGAGAGAGGGCAGCCAAAUAUCUGCCCAGUAGAUAAACAGAUAUAUAGAGGGUAUAAAAUGAAACAGACUUCCACCACCUUAGGGAGGGAAGCAUCAAGAAGUGGGGAAUGAACCGAUUUCAGGAAAUUUUUUGAGCAUUGAACAUGCUGGCUUAUCAGGAAAAGACUGGCCUCUUUCUUCCUUUUCUCUCUUUAAGAGAGUACUGCAGUUUACUUUACUCAGUAGUGCUGAGCAAUUAACUGAAAUGUUGGUUCAAUUAUUUUAAUUCAAUUUUGUUCCGUUUUCUUUUCUGUAAGCUCAAUGUGAACAUUGCGCAGUUUCUCAAGAGAUAAAGCAGAACAAGCCUGAACUGUGUGAUGUAGUAGGGAGUUGUAUUUUCCAACAGGCCAAUAUUCUACAUAGUUUAGUGCAGAAAACAUGGUAAUUAACUUCAAUGACGAUAAUCCAUUGCGCCUGCUUGUCCGUCUGUGUGUUUCUUUUACGCCUGCAACGUUACGUUAGUGUGGGGCAGACACGGAGAGCAAGAGAAGAGACAGAAGAAAGCUCGAUCAAGAGGGAUAGAGAGCAGUUGCUUCACA